AAAAGAGAUUCGGCGUCGCGCUCGCCCUGUAGACGUAUCGAGUCUAUUCCCACUCGCAGUCCAACUUGCAUGAACUCAGCUGCUGUCUCAAUCUCAACUUUUGAUCCAAAGACUUACCAUCUGUGCAUUGACAGCUCACACGACCGAUCCCUUCCAGCCCUGUUUGGCUCCUAUCGUCUGAGCCGUCUGAUCUCGGGGGAUACGAGCCACGAUGCGGGCAAACGUCGACGCGCCAUACUACCAGAUGCGCCCCGGCCAAUUCGUCACCACGCCCAACAGUACAAACAGUGCACCGCCCCCAUUCGCGUCCGACGACGAUGAAUAUGACUUGUCUGGUCCCGCUCCUCUCGCAUCGCCGCCCCAACACCAUCUCAACCCACAUUCAUAUGCCGAACGCACUGCCCGUCAGACGUCAGACGAUCACACACUGGAGGAGAACCAUAACCUCGUUGAGUUACUGGAGGCUGCGACAGCUGCGGGUCAGGUGGCAUAUGCUAUGGAUACUGGAGAUGGUAUAACGGCGACUCUCCCACUUCAGGAUAAAGGCAAGAGAAGAAGGGGUAUCAGCUCCCCAGCCGAGGAUGCAUCGCAUCAAGCCGAUGGGCCUGUCAACUCUAAGCGAAGUAGAAGCGGCGGAGCUACCGAUCCUCGGCUUCAGAUCCAUGGCCAUGGCAUGUAUGGUGACUCUGUCGAUGACACUGUACCGCCUUCUAGUGAGUCUCUACUGAACGAUGCCCGCGCCGCAGGCGUACACUCAGCCGCCGCUCUCUUCCGCCGCUCCUCCGAAAGAACCUCUCGCAAAUACACACGACCGCCAAUGUCGAAGCUGUUCAUGUCCCUCCAGCUCAGCCCUGAGAACUUCCUUCAACUACAAGCUUUAGCAAAAGGCUACAUGCUCGACACAUCACAUCCGGAGCGGCAGAGCUGCGUUGGAAACCGUGGUAAAGGCGAUACCGACAUGGUCAAGUUACGGCUUUUCAACUGCGUCCGAGACUUCCUGAACGAAGGGGUCGGUGAGCAGUUCUUCGGCGAAGAUGUCGAGAAGCCGGGCGAGAAGGAUGCGAUAGAAGCUGCUCAUGCAUUAGGAGAAGACAAGUCUCUUGGUCCUGGAGAGAGACUGACAUGGCCAAGGGACGGGAACAAGAUUAUUAGCCUUGUUACUCCGUUGAUGCGACGAAUGGUCACGAACGAGCGGCAGCGACAGUAUGCGAUCGAGACCAGAAAGGGCGGCGCGAAGAAGAAAGACAAAGAGGGUAGUGCCGAAGCUAUGCCUCAGCAAGGCGAGGAUGAUCCAGGACGUGAAGUCGAGCAGCAACCACAGCCGGUCUUCGAUGACAGCCUGGCUCAUCAUGCGUCGCCGUCACAUUACACAGCUUCAUCGACACGACUCACGACCGUGACGCCGCAGCUUUCUUUCCGAGGGAAAGAUGGAACGUCAGACUCUAGAGAGGUGGUCGAGUGCAGCGCAACAAGACAGCCGAAUUUGAAGUUACCCACGACCAGCUCCAUUGAACCCAGUCUCUCGCACAUCAACAUCUUCCUCGUACUCGCCUCAUCGAGCGGCAGACCAGGCAUCAAGCUCGACGAGAAGCGCAUCACAGCCGAACCAAACGCACACUUGGCAUGGUAUGACUAUAAUGACUUCAUGAGAGAGGUCAUUCUCCUCGUCAAGGCCGCCAGAGACAGAUACCCUGAGCUCAGCAUGAGCAUCGCUGCUCACGACGUCGAGCCCGGCACAGAUAACCUUCGCGGACUCGCUGCUGCCGCCAAUGCACUGCAGACGGAGCAUGCUCUGCGCGGAACAUCGUCUUCAUUUAACGGUCUCGCUCAAGUAGCUAUGGAAGACAACGUCUCUAACUUUCCCACACCAACCUCGGCGACGAGCAACCACCCCGCCUUUCCUGUCGACAGUCAUGCGGAGACCAGAUCUCUUCCCCGUUACGCUAUCAAGUCUAUUGGUCCGCAGGGUUGGCGCGAUAUCCGCAAUGCGGAUAAUUGGUACAGUGUGCUGAGGGAGAAGGCGUUUGCUGUGUGGGCGGAUGGCGUGUGUAAUGUGCUUGUUGAGCUUGUGGAGUUUGCUGGGGCGGUGGGAUAAGUUUGGGUCUGGGCAAGGUAUGGUAUGGUAUGUGUUGCAGAGUAUCUAUUCCAUCGGAGUAUCUG